AUGGAAGCUAAUAGUUUAGGUAGCGAGCCCGCUAGGAAACCAGGACAAACGACGGGUGUGCACGAUGAACACCCGGAAGCACAACCGUUGCUAAACAACAAUCACAGAACGCUUGGUGAGAGCUCCGCCAACGGUCCCACAGUCAACGAAGGUCGUGAUAUUGAAUCCGACGGGUUCAUCAAGGACAGCCUAUUUCAACUUCGGAAGGGAUAUAGAAUUUUCAUUCAUAACUCCAAAUGGAUUUUGAAUAUUCUAAUCCUAAUCAAUACUAUCUGGUUAAUCACUACGUUGAUAUCAGAUUUCUUUUUCAAUAUUAAUAUUCUUUUUGGGUUUAGUAACAGGUAUGCAAGUUUCAACGACUUAAUCUUAAUAUUCAUCUCAAUCAUCGCCAAUUCUUUCAAUCUCUGGUUUAACAAGUUAGGAUUGUACUCUGCUCUGGACUACAGCUUGAAUGUGACUCUGUGCGCUUUGACGCUGUUCAAUCUAGCAUUGACUUAUAUGAUUAAGUAUACUAGACAAAGGAUCGGGUUUGUCGGCACAUUUACGUACUUAUGGACUUCGUUUUCAUUUUUCGUGGGCGCCAUAUUAGAUUGGUAUUUGCUGUUUUACAACAGUUCAAUAAGUGAACCAUUGGAAGACCGCAGGAUUGAUGAGGAGACUACUACUACUACUGCUACUUUUAACGAUAACAACGCGAAUGUCACCGAUAGUAGUAAUAGAGGUCGGUAUGGAUCGGGUUCACCAACUCCUACCCGCCGCUCGGAACUAGUUCAGAACAAACAUACUUUGACGGAGUGGGUAUCGAUUGGGUUCAGAAAUACAGUCAAGUUUGCCAUUUUGAUAUUCUUUGGUUUAUUCACUCUGAAUACGCUCCUGACCACAUUGGACACCUACAGGCUGACACACAAGUUACCAGUAAGUGUUCAAUCGCCAUCCUACGAGGCAUUCCAUUACGUAGACGCUGCCAAGACCUAUCAAUUGCACAUAACUUGUUAUGGUGAUGUAUUUGACCAAGAGAACGAUACAGAUCCAGUUGACAAGAAGAAGCAGCCCAUUAUUUUGUUCGAGCACGGAGGCUAUGAUACUGGUUAUCUGUCGGCCACUUGGAUUGAAGAGUUAUACCAUUUAGACAAAAUACAGAGGUACUGUCUAUACGAUAGGCCAGGUUACGGAUUGAGCGAUUCUCCUCCUGCACCCAUUUCUAUCGCUAUGGUUGCCGAAUCUUUGAGGUAUGCAUUGAUCAAAGAUGCAAAAAUUAAGGGACCGUUCACCACAGUGGGAUACGAUCUUGGCGGACUGUUUACAAGAGUAUUCACUGCCAAGAAUGUUGAUAUUGUGGAUAGUAUGAUGCUUGUUGAAUCGUGGCACGAAGAACUGUUAUUGAAGAAUUAUAUUCAGAGACUGUUACCUCCAGGCCGUGGGGAUGGUGAUGACGAUGACGACGACAACCGCGAUGGUCGCAAUCACGACAAGACCUGGCUGCCUUCAGAGAUCGAAAGACACAAUGAAUUCAAACUUUGGUGGAAAGGUAUUUGGUCAAGCUUAGGAUGGAGACUGCAAACUUCGUGGUUGUUGGCUCAUCAUGGAUCUAAAGAACGUAUAUACGGGCGUGAUAUGAGAUACCAGGGACGUUUCUUGCGUUCUAAGUUUUUGGAAAGCGUAACGAGUUCCAUUUUGAGUUAUAGGGACGUGACAAAUAACGCUGAGGCCUUACAAAACGUCAAGACAAGUAUUGUUAGUUCCAAGGAAAUGGUGAAAAAAUCAGCGCUAUGGGGUGAUUGGCAAAGAGAAUUGACGAAAUUAUCUCACAAGACGCAAGAAUGGAAAAUAGUGGAUGGUGGACAUGAAAUAUAUAAGUAUGGUCUUGGGAAACAACAAACCCAAGAAGUUCUAUUAAGAUUGAUAGGCGAGCUUGGUAAACUAUCCCAGGAUUAA